AUGUUUUUGUGUUUAUUUGCGGUUCUCUUUUAUUUAUUUAUUUAUUUAUUAUUAUUAUUUUGUGUGUCUUUCAUUUCUUUUUGUCGCUUUAAUUUUCCCCUCUCACUGAAGGCAGCAACGGGCGCAAGAGGUCACUCUCCUGGGCAGUGGGCGAAGGCGAAGUAUUGUAUGCCCCACGUAUUAUUUUCUUCCCUUCCCCGCGUGGCGGCGGAUGCGCUGCGAUACGAGGAGCAAGAAAAGGACGAAGAGGGUACGGAGUUGAUCGCUCACAACAACGAAAUGGACUUCUUCAUGGACGACUACGUUUCGUUGGAUGUGGCGAAAGCAAAUGCCACCGCCGCCAGCAAAUCUGCUGAGGACGAAGAGGCAAUGAUCCCACCAAGAAGUAUUGCGCAGCCCAGGCAGUCUUGUGAGAAGAAUGAAGGUGUUUUUGCUCUCGACUGUGACGUGUGUCUGCAGCUCUCUGGAGCGGCUGACGAGGGAAGUGGAGGGAGAUUUAUCAUUCGUGUUCCAGCGGCUUUGCCAGUAUCUAAUCCCUCCAUUUCCGUUACUCCAUGCCCCAUUAAUGAAACCACAGCACGCCAAAUGAAGCCAAUGUGUGGCAAAGAUACAAUGGUUGGUGUAGAGGAGGUAACUGUACUUGACGCUGGUGCUGCUUGGACAGCACGCGGUGAAGGAUAUAUGAAUGGUGAGGUGUCAGAAGAAGAGGAUGGGGCUGCGUUCCGCUCUUCUUGCUAUUCAAUCAACAGUUAUGCUCAGCACGGAUCAAUAAUACCAAAAACAAUAUUGAUGCCAAGCAAUAAUUGUGAACAUUUAAUCAAUGCAGGCAAUGUUACGAUUACUGUUUCUGCUGAAGAACAAAAACAAGCCAGGGGAGGGGAAUGUGUUGUGGUACAUGCCAUGAAACUUCCUCUAAACUUUGUUCUUGGCUUACGGUUAUCCUUUGGGCUGGAACGAGCCCUUGUGAAAUGUUAUCAGGAGAACAGGACAUCAUCAGCACCGCCUCCUGUAUGGCUUUCUGCCUUUUUGUAUACGACGGCUCUGCGCUGUGAGACCUUCACGAGCCCAAUUUCCACCUUAUCUCCCUCGAUGUGUCAAGAGUGGUUAGGGGAAUCAACUGCAGUGGCGACACUAGAGGGCUUUUGUAUUGUGGCCCUCAAUAUAAUUGCUCAAAUGGGACAUCUGCACCGACAAAAGUUACAAGAAACGGACGAUAUUGACGAAACAACGAUGGCACAGAGUGGUUUAUUGCACGGCAAUCAACUGUUUUCUGCUUCACAGAAAGAACGUGUACGGCGAUGGCUGCAACGUUAUAUUCCAAUGGAGGCCUAUGACAGAAGCGAGGAGAGUGAGAAAACUCUCCGAAGGUCACCUGGGUGUUUUCUAUGGCCUUCCGCUGUGACAGUUGUCUUUCAUAUAGCACUGGACUUGGCCAAAUUUUUGUUCCCUUCGUUGUUAUUGAAUCUGGAGUCUACAAUCCUGGCUGCCCUGCAGCCACUUCUGGAAGCACGCACUGUGGGGUCGAUGUCGACUCCCUCUCUGUAUGUGUCGUCUCCCGUUCUUUCUCCCUCCACCCCGUCACUGCGGUGGCCACAGAGCCGCAGACAGGCUUUGUUGUUGCUAACGCAAUUUCCUUCCGCAUGGUGGAGUUGGUGGCGUCGAAACAAAAACGAUGAAAAGAGCAAUAACGACUGUGGUAUCAGCGCCAUUUGCGCGUCAAGGGGGUACGCUGCUCUUCGAGUUUUGCAGUGCUUCACAUGCAGUUGUUUGCAGUCCACCCCUGAUGAGUCCUGUCAUCUCGUGGAGGACGACGACGAAGAAGAGUGUGAAGUGGCACAAUUUCUUCUUUCAGCAGAAGCGUUAUUUGCAGAACUUCUUUUGGAUCGUGAGGUAGCAAACGUAAUUGAUCGCACCAGAAAGGGAAUCACCUGGCUUUACCACACUUCAUUGGAAAGGCUUAAGAGCAGGGACGCUGUAACCUUGCCCUUACAGACAACACGUGCCUCGAUGCGCUAUCUUCUUGUACUCGUCUGUUGGUUGACUUUCCGCCCCAAAGGUUAUUGCACGACACUGGCUCAACAUCAUUUUGGUUCGCUGUUGCGCCUUGCCGCCAUGCAUCACGAACGGUGCCAGUCAGAGCAUCUUUUUAAUGUGAAGUUAGAAGAAGAGGGAGAGACAAUGGAUCGCGAACAGAUGUUGUUGACGGUUUGCAGUCGCGAGUACCUCCUGUUACUCUCCAAUUUGCUUCGCCAUCUACGUGACCGAUGUGGAACGCGACGGCACAGAGGAGAUUACGCAACCUCACCACGGGAAAAUCCAUGGCAACAGCUGCGUCAAGGUAAGAUGUCCAGCCGGUUAUUUGCGAAUGAUGAAGACGGGACGACAAACACCUCCCACAGCCAUCCCUCCGUGGCUUCUUUUAGCACCACGAAUGCCGCGACUGAAUCUCUCCUUGCACCUCAGCCGCCAACGGCGCAACGCACCGCAAUUCUGCAUAACGAUGCCCUUUCGUCCCGUUCACUUUAUACUCUUCGGCGUGUUAUUCGUGCAAUGUGCCACGUUAUUCGUCGACUUGAACGGGACGUGCUUGAGGCGUAUGACACGUCGGCAUUAACUUCUCUUGGUACCAAAAGAAUGCGCAAUUUGGAAGAAAACACUUUUUCAAAUUUGCGGGUUUCCGUUAGUGAACUGAACUUUGGCGUAACGCCUUAUUUUGCGCGUCAUUUAUGCAGCCAGCCAAACGGUCGUUUCUGGGAGUGGCACCUGGAAACCAGUGAGUCCAGUGACGAAGACGCAACCGACACUUCCGCCAGCGGAAGCGGAUGA